UGCCGUAUCAAUGUGACAGGGCAGUAGCUAUUAGUAUACGCGGCAUCUACAGCAUCGCGCCCGAGGAUAGUAUAAGUAUGCCAGAAUCGAGGUCAGAUAAAAGUACACAUCAAGCUUCUAGUUCGACACUUCCCUUGCUAUGCGAACCAUGAUCAUGCAACAACUGUAUUUGUUGACUCGUGUGCGACGAUACCCAAUCACUCAUACCCGAAAAUUGCCUCUGAACCUCAUCAGGAUUCCUCUGCGCAAGUUUGACGUUCAAUUGCACUCAACACAUUCGCGGCAGGCGCCACCGGCAGACGACAGUUCUUCCUUCCCACCAGGCGGAAAUGAUACUUGGAGCAAAGUAGAUCCUUCUCCAGUCAUUGACAUUGCGCUGAAGACCCUGGUAGGGCUGGGCAUCAUUCUAAUUGGGGGUAAUUUAUAUGUGUCCUGGUACAAAAAUAAUGUCCUUUCAAAGAUUGAAGCAGCAUUCAACGAAACGUGGGAUGACACAUACCUAGUGGGAUUAAUCAAGCAGGAGCUAUCGCGCUUUGACCUCCUAACGCCCGACCUAGAGCAUGCUGGUUUGCAAGGCUUGGCGGGGAAGCUAUUUGAAGUAUGGCCACGGCGGCAGGACCAGGACUUCAUCGAUUCCAUUGUGAAGGGAGAGAGGGCAGGUUCAUACUACCUUCUCGUCGGACCGAAGGGGGCCGGGAAAUCUGGAAUGGUAUUCGAGGCAAUGCUGAACGUUCGCAAAGAAGGGUUGGUGUUUCUUGAGGCCCAUCCCGACCUUGAGGUGUUUCGUUUGCGGCUAGGAAGUGCUUUAAACUAUGAAUUCAGCGAGGAUCUGCAAGCGGGACUGUUCCAGCGGCCGGACCCUCGAUCUGGUGGUCCUGCAAUGGAUAUUGAACGUGCGCUAGAUAAGUUACAUGAUGUUGCAAUGCGGACGGGACGCUGUCGUCCGCUCGUUCUCGGCCGAAAUGUUCUUUUACAGAUCCAACAGCACGCUGAACGCUGGGCCCUAAAAGGUAGCGUGUUCGUGCCACAUACCUCACCACAUUUUAGGGAUGAUAUAUGGCCGUAUACGUUGUUGCGCAAAGGAGCAACUUUGAUGGAAGUGCGCUCCGUCCAAGAUCUGGACUGGGAAAUCCAGGACGCCGGAAAUGUAGAUAGCGUUGUGCAAGUUGUAGGGGGACGUCUAUCGUACCUCAACAAGGUGUCCAGGGCCGAAGAGAUGCUGCAAGCUGCAGAUGAGCUCCUGCGCUUGGAGAAGGCGUGGCUUGAGAGCUGCCUCGGGCUCAUACCAGAUUGUGACAUUGAUCAGGGUGUUGUCAAUCAGCAAAAAUGGAGCUUACAAUGCUGGACUUUACUUCGAGAGUUUGUGCGGCUAUACAGAGCCAACCAGGAGGAAUCGGGGGACCGUUGGGACCCUUCAAAGCUCCCUGUUAUCCCAUCGUGGCGAUGUCAGCAGAUCAUGACACGACACGAUUAUUUGGAUGAGCUUGACAGAUUGGACGUGGUCUACAUUGAUAUGAAUUCAAACGUCCAGCCGGACUCAAUGUUAGUCCUCCGCGCCGCUUUGGACAUUAUCGAGAAGGAAGGCUUCGAUGAGCUUCUAGAAGAUGUCCGCUGCAGAAUAAAGGAAAUAGAGAACCUGCGGCGAUGAAUGAUUGCCGCGGAACAUUUUUUUUUUGCGCCAUAAUAAGUAUUGCUUCAUUGUUAUAAUACUAUUAUUAUUGACUUAUAAUACUUACUACUAAUUCGUUCUUAGAAAACACAUUUCCCGUGGACAGGAGUCACAGGACUGCCGAUUUUUCCUACUUUCUUGUGGAGUCUGGACAGAAUCAAAGAUAGCAAG